UGACCCGAACCUCCCCGCCGUGGGGUUAUCGCGUGGUAUAUCCUCCUGGGCCUCUCCUCCAUAGGGGCUUUCAAGUCGUCUACCAGCUUUUCACUUCUCUCAUUUCCAUUCUACACGGCGGAUGAUAUCCUUCUAGCGCAGAAAACUUCAAUAAAAUUUGUAUCCUCACCGAGCUACUCCGGAGCCUUAAUUUUUUUCACCAUGACCAAACUCAUACUAUCCACCUCCAACAUCAUAAAUGACAAUCCGCUUAUUGGCCGCCCGAGCCAGAAAUCCAAUACGGAACUGACCAAUUCACUGCGCGCCAACUUCCAACACUCGCAACAUCAACAAGCGUUUACCCCUCCUCAUGCCGAGCAAAACGGCACAUCCUCUGAGCCCUCCGCAUCCGAUUCCAGCAACGGAGUCUCUAUAUCUCCAUCUUCCUCUCAGGUCUCCAUCAGCACUUGGACUACACGCGAUGACGACAAUGGAAUCAUCUACGUUCCUUCCAUUGACUUUUCACAGUCCGGCCUUGCCGAAGAGCGCGCCCAGUACGACAUUACCGUUAAACUAUUCUAUCUUCCCGGAAUCCCCGUCUCAGAGCGCUGCAAACACACCAGGGAAGCCAUUGAUCUCGUUCUGAAAGAGUUGGGCGUCUCGUCGAUUGAUCUUCUUAUCGUAUCAUUCCCGGGUAUCGCGUUUGACGCCGAAGACGCCGGCGAUGAGUCAAACUCUGAUGAUGUUGACGAAGCCGACGUAUCCGGCGCGGCCAGUGGCGUCGGGAUAGAAGACAUUUCCAGCAUGAUCACGACAUGGCGCGUCCUGGAAGAACUGCAUGCCGAAGGAUUGAUUCUGCGUCUGGGCCUUGCAGAAUUCGGCAGCCAGCGUCUGACAAAGUUUCUGGCACAGACUCGCGUGCGGCCAUCGGUCGACCAGAUCAAUGUGCGGGACUGCUGCGUUGUGCCGAAACCGUUGAUUUUGCUGGCGAGGCAGGAAAAGAUUGAGCUUCUGACGCACAAUGAUUGCAUGAAUAUUCUUCCAAGUGGCACGUUGAGAGAGUUACUGGGACCGGAGGAGAAGGGAGGUGUUGGACUCUUGCCAGGCUCCGCGAAUGAAGAGCGUGACAGGUUCACGGGAGACUUGGCGCCACAGUGGGUCGUCAAGUAUACUGCUGUGGUCAAGGAUCGGGGCGUUGUCGAAAACAAGGGAUACUUCGCCGUUGCUGAGCUGCAAAGUGCGUCGCAGUAGACCAAAUUCUUGCUGGGUGAUUGGUGAGUUGGCAGAGAUAUAGAGACCGAUACAUUCAGCGCAUUUUAUUUCUUGUAAUACCCAACUUGUCAUUUUUCUAUCUUUCAGCGUUUACGGCCCCUUGGAUUGGACAACAGCAUUUAGGGCGUUCCACAGCGAGAGCGAAUCGGUAGUCAUAGUUAUUGUUAGUGAAUUACGCAGCCGUGCAAAUUGUAGGACCCGAAGAACCCAUUUUGUGUUGUGAUCUUCUCAUAUCCCGCAAUAGUUUGCUCAAAAAAAGGAUAAGACACCGAGAUUGAAAACACCCCCGAGCCCGU